UUGAAAUCAGUGCUUGUUCUGGAUGUGACAUAUGGGGACAUUUUUAACACAGACCAGCAGGAUGGAGGAUGUUGGCUCAAAUGAAAACUCACCAGAAACUUUUUUCAGAAAUGUAUAUGGCUGAUUGAUAAUUUAAGGAUUUCUUCUGCCCAAGAAGAUGAAUUCCUCUCUUCACCCUCUAAAUCAGAGCUCUGUGGACGUGUCAAACCUCUCUGCCCCCUUUUGUCUGCUGGAGACUAGGUAUUCUUACAUCUUUAACACCUGCCUCCUGGAAGUGUUCAUUAUACUUCUUCUCACUGUGCUGAUCAUCUGUGGAAAUCUGGUGGUGAUUUUUGUGUUUCACUGUGCACCCUUAUUAAGCCACCACACGACCAGUGCUUUCAUCCAGACUAUGGCCUAUGCUGAUCUGCUGGUGGGGGUUAGCUGCCUCUUUCCCUCCAUGUCCUUACUGCAUCAUCUCCAAGGCCUUGACCCCAAACUCACCUGUCAAGUGUUUGGGUACUUGGUGUCAGUUCUGAAGUCUGUUUCCAUGGCUUCAUUAGCAUGUGUUAGUGUUGAUCGCUAUAUUGCUAUCACACAGCCUUUGACUUAUUCAUCCCUAGUGUCACCGUUUCGCAUGCGCUGCUGCAUUGUAUUAAUAUGGCUCUACUCUGCUCUAAUCUUUUUACCAUCCUUCCUGGGAUGGGGUAAACCAGGCUAUCACGGUGAUGUUGUAGAAUGGUGUGCAGUCAAAUGGAAAACUAGUCCAGCUUUUACUUCUUUUAUUGUAGCUCUGCUUUACGCUCCUGCAACACUUACAGUCUGUUUUACCUAUGCCAACAUCUUCAAAAUCUGCCAGCAGCAUACGCGAGAGAUCAGUGAGCGCCAUGCUCGAUACCGAGGACUCACUGAUGGCUCUGGGGGCAAAGGCAGCUCCACAAAGCACUCUGCUCAUUUGUCCCACACCCUCAUCCCUUAUCAGCCACAGUAUCAACAGCCGGCAAACUACCCUGACAAACGCUAUGCUAGGGUGCUGUUUCGCAUUACCAGUGUGUUCUAUAUCCUAUGGCUCCCAUAUAUCCUCUACUUCCUGUUAGAAAGUGCAGGUAUCUACCACCAUCCAGCGGCAUCAUUUCUCACCACAUGGCUUGCCAUUAGCAACAGUUUCUGUAACUGUCUCAUCUACAGUUUGUCAAAUUCAGCUUUCAGGAAGGGCCUCAAGCGCCUCGGUUCCUUAUUUUUACAGCAUAGCAUCAGUGGUUUUGGAGUCAGACACACCAAAAAGACUUUUGUGGGCUCCGUUGAAAAGGGAUAUGCUGGCCCUGGAUAUGGAUAUGACCAUGUGGAAACGGAGAUAGGUACAACAUGUCAUGUGUAG